AUGGCUACUACCGCUGCUUAUGGCGAUACUAAGCAGGCGCCCGUCACUCAGUCCUCGGAUACAGCUUCUUCAGAGAUCUCGCACGAACCGCCACCAGCACAUGGGUCAUACGAGGAUCAUCCAUUCAAGGACGCCGCGACAGCUCAGUACUGGCGCGAUGUAUACGACAACGCAAAGUACGAAGGUCGUCAUCAAUUCGACCCUAGCUAUACAUGGACGGCUGCGGAAGAGAAGAGGCUCGUUCGCAAACUUGACCUAAGAAUCACUCUAUGGGCAUGGGUCAUGUUCUGUUCGCUUGACUUGAAUCGUAAGAAUAUCAACCGAGCAAUCUCGGACAACAUGUUGAAAGACUUGGGAAUGAACACAAAUGACUUCAACUACGGCCAAACGAUCUUCUUAUCUUCAUUUCUGUUCGCUGAACUUCCCAGCGGUCUAAUAAGUAAGAAGCUCGGAGCUGAUCGCUGGAUCCCGACCCUCAUCUGUGCAUGGUCGAUUGUCAGUGCAUCGCAGUGUGCCCUACAGACAAAGGACCAGUACUAUGCUAUCCUGUGUCUGCUUAGUCUAUUGAUGAGUGGCUUCAUCCCCUAUCAGACUAACAUCAGUCCCAGUGACAUCGUCCUCUGGCUCACAUACUUCUUCAAAUCUGGUGAACUUCCGUUGCGACUCGCAUGGUUCUGGACCGCGCUCAGUACAUGCAACAUCGUUGGAUCUCUACUGGCUGCAGGCAUCCUCCAGAUGCGCGGUCUGAAUGGAUGGGCAGGCUGGCAGUACUUAUUCAUGAUUGAAGGCAUCAUCACAUUUGUGAUCGGCGUCUUCUCUUACGGUCUCAUGCCUCCCGGUGCCAGCCAGACAAAGCACUGGUUCCGCGGAAAGAACGGAUGGUUCAACGAGCACGAGGAAAAGAUCCUCGUCAACCGCAUCCUUCGCGAUGAUCCUUCAAAGGGCGACAUGAACAACCGCCAAGCAGUCGGCCUAGCCCAACUAUGGAAAGUCAUCACAGAUUGGGAGCAAUGGCCCCUAUAUCUCAUCGGCUUGACUUGUUACAUACCACCCGCGCCGCCGAGCACAUACCUCUCCUACAUCCUGCGCCGCCUUGGCUUCUCCGUCUUCCAGGCCAACCUACUCGCAAUACCGUCUCAAUUCCUAUAUGCAAUUCAGCUGCUGAUCCUCACGUGGCUUUCUAGCAAGUUCCAGGAGCGUUCAAUAGUAUCAAGUCUCUCCAACAUUUGGAUCUUUCCCUGGCUUGUUGCCCUCAUUGCCAUGCCAGCUGGGUCUAGCCCGUGGAUCCAAUACGGUCUCCUUUCUGGUCUUUUGAGCUACCCGUACUGCCACGCGAUCUUGGUCGGCUGGAACGCAAAGAACUCGAAUUCUGUUCGCACGCGCGCCGUGUCUGCGGCAUUCUACAACAUGUUUGUACAAUCCGGCAAUAUCAUCUCUUCGAAUAUCUACCGAGAUGAUGAUCAGCCGCUGUAUCGUCGCGGCAAUAAGAUUCUGCUGGGAAUUUGCAGCUUCAAUAUUGUGUUGUUCUAUCUCGUCAAGGCCUUUUAUAUAUGGCGUAACAAAGUGCGGGACAGGCAGUGGAACGCUUUGACAAAGGAGGAGCAGGAAGACUAUGUGAUCAGCACCAAGGACGAGGGGAUGAAGCGACUGGAUUUUAGAUUUGCACAUUGA